CUGAAGGACUGGACGAAGCGGAGGAGCGCUGCAGGCGCUCACUCUUCGGACGGGUGGGUGUUGUUGUGCACGUCAGAAUCAUAGCCUGCGCAGAAAGAGUGGGUCAGCUGGUCUCCCGGACUCCCGACCAGGGCACAGCCUACGACAACGAGGACGUCUUCUCUCCACCACGAUCAAAAGUCCUGACUCUCCGUCAGUCAGCGCUCGUUUUGUCAUCCCGUUCUCAUUCUUUGCUCUUCCAUACGUCCUUAUCCUCUUCUUCCUUGCUCGUCUUUGUUCCUUCGUCCAUUCGCUCGCAGAAAUCAAAUACCCACACCACUCCCCCCUAGGCUUACGCGCCCAGUCCCGAGUACACCCGCCCUUUUUCCAUCCACUUCUCGGCACGCAAGACCCUCGUGCGGGCCGCUUGUGUGACAGCAGCUGCUCCUUCAUAUAUACGACUGGUUGAGAAUAAGCACGCUCGUUUCACACGAGGGAACACUUUAUCAGUAGCGAUGCGCCUCUCAGUGCCGCUCCUGUUGACCGCUUUUGCGGCCUCGGUCGCCGCCUCCAGUCCGCUGAUGGAGAACCCUAUCCUGGAUGGCAUAUUCCACAAGAGACAGGUCGUCGGCACAGGCGGGACGUCCUCUCCAUCCGUAACCGGCGAUUCGUCGUCUUCCGGCUCAGACACGUCAACAACAACCACGUCGUCGAGCACGCAUACGACCUCAAGUUCGUCCCCCGGCUCCGACACCACGACACCACCCCCAACCACAAUCUCGAGCUCCAGCCCAUCAUCCGCUCCCACCUCAGCCCCUGGAUCUUCCUCUGGCAGCGAAAGCUCAUCCAGCACAAGGGAAAACACGUCAAGGACGACGUUUACUUCUGCCCUUGUGACAUCAUCCACACGCCUCUCUACAACCGUUAUAUCCACCACCGGUUCGGAUGGCCAAGUAUCCCUAGUCACGUCGACCACGUCUGAGGUUAUUGCUAGCACAACUGGCUUCGAAACCGUCGUAACUACGCCCACGCUUCAGGCCAGUUCCGACAAUGGCAGUAGCGGCCUCUCAUCGUCAUCGAAAAAGAUCAUCGGCGGUGUUGUUGGCGGUGUAGGCGGUGCCAUUCUGCUCGGAGGUAUCGCUCUUGUCCUGUGGAGAGUCUACGGCAGGAAACAGCACCAUGGCAACUAUGACGACGUGCACUCUGGCGAUACUGCUAUCGCAGAGAACAAGCCGAUAUCACACGGAGGUUUGGCUGACGACGAGUCGCACAUGGAUCGGUACACACAGUCGAGCAGACCAAACGCAGCCUCCAAUUUUUAGCUACCGCUUUUUUGUCCGUUUGUGCCAUCUCUGCUCACGUAUUUGUGUGCAAAUGUUGAAAUUCUUUUUUUUUUUUAGCGAGGCAUGGCUGGCGUUAUGUGAACAAAAUUUGGCGAUUGGUAACGUUUCUGGCUUUUCUUUGGCUUCUAGCGAUACACCUGUGCACAUAGAAGCGUGUCACUCCUUUGAUGAAUAAGAUGGGUAACUUGGAUAUUAAUCCCGGCAUUGGAGCCGGCCGACACACUCUUUUUGUUGUUCUUCACUAUUGGUCAAACUCAUGUAGGUGGGAGGGUUAUAGACGUGUUUCAAAGAACACGGCCAAGCAAGUUGCACAAUGUAGUCUAGCUAAUUUUAAGUUAUCACAUGAAAUAUCGCUCGUCCGUCUAAUCCUGAGAACAUGCC